AGGUAGCGUUUACAAAGGUGUAGGGCGUCUGGCUUAUUGACUGUGCCCAGCCUUGAAGCUAGUUUUGCUGUUUGGAAAGAGCUGUUGUAAUUCAGAUUUAAAGGGGUUUUCCUAUUAAUUCAAAGCUCACUGCGCCUCCGGUUUCCCAGGGAAGAAAAGCUGAUUUACUAAACUAAAUGGAUGCUAUACUGAAUUACAGGUCGGAAGAUACUGAAGAUUACUACACUUUACUGGGAUGUGAUGAACUAUCUUCGGUUGAACAAAUCCUGACAGAAUUUAAAGUCAGAGCUCUGGAAUGUCACCCUGACAAGCAUCCUGAAAACUCCAAAGCUGUGGAGACCUUUCAGAAACUGCAGAAGGCCAAGGAGAUUCUGACCAAUGAAGAGAGUCGAGCCCGUUACGACCACUGGAGAAGGAGCCAGAUGUCAAUGCCAUUUCAGCAGUGGGAAACCUUGAGUGACUCAGUGAAAAUGUCAAUGCACUGGGCUGUCAAAAGUAAAAAAGAUCUCAUGCUGGUAGAAUCUGGCCAGACUCAUUCCAGCAACAUUGAAAAUGAGGAAUGGGAAGAGCAGAGAGAAGUAAAGAAAGAGGAGAUGGCUUCAACCACAGAGAAAAUGGAACAAAAGGAAUCUGAGUCCCAGGGGAAGUCAAACUCGCCACAAAAUCCAGAUUCUUCAAGUCUUUCAGAUGUGAACUCUUGGCACUUCCGUUUCCGCUGGUCGGGGGAUGCGCCCUCAGAACUCCUGAGGAAGUUCAGAAACUAUGAAAUAUGAAGUGUCCCUUCUUCAGAAGAGGGAGAGCAAGACUGUCCCCUGCAUUGCCAACAUGCAGUCUUUGUACACAUCUUUAGAAUGUCGUGUUUUUGUGUCAUGUUUGUGAAUUGCUGAGUACCAAUUGAUUCCUUCAUCCUUAAACCCAUACUUAAGACUCUUUCAGUAUUUAGAAAACUUAAGGCUCUUACAUCCAGAGUAGACUGUGUAUGUUUUCCUGUUAAUGCUAUUUAUAGAAAUUCAUUAAAAAUUGAUGUCUAUAUUUAAA